UUAGGUUUUUCUGUCUAUUAUCCCUUAAAACACCGACAAAAAAAAACACGUAAGUCGGGAUGACUUUGAAGUCGGGCGCUUGUAAUGUUUGCGUCAAGUGGAACGGUGAAAAGUUUUCCGAUUUGUUAGUAGAUCUUGCGGAACCUCCAUUGUUAUUAAAAGCAUACCUCUUUUCUUUAACUGGGGUAGAGCCUUCUAAUCAGAAGAUUUUCAUUAAAGGAAAACCUUUAGGGAAUGACAACUGGGGAGACGUUGUGCUAAAAGAUAAUAUGACUUUAUUGAUGAUUGGCACGCCUUCUUCAGCUGUAGCAAUUCCACCUAAUACUACUGAGCCAGAAAAUUUUGAGGAAGAGCACUUUGCAAAAGACCCGACAGGAUUCCCUUCUGGUUUGUUAAAUUUGGGUAACACUUGCUACUUAAAUUCUACAUUGCAAUGUCUUCGUUCAAUACCAGAACUUUAUUCUGCCCUCCUUGGAACUAUGAAUGAAGCUUUUCAAGAUUCAGAUCGACUUUUGUUGCAGAAGUUGGCCAAAGUAUAUAAAGAACUGGACACUAAUGACAAGGCUAACGGGCUGCCAGUGGAUGCUUCUCUUUUUUACAAGGCUUUUAUAGAAAAGUUUCCCCAGUUUGCUGAGAAGGGUCAACGCGGUGAACCUCUACAGCACGACGCUGAAGAGUGCUGGACUUUGCUUACCCGCCUUUUCGAAGAAACUCUUCCAAAAACUAACACUGAAGCUUCGCUCGUUGAUAGCUAUUUAAAGGGAGAAUUUACUGUUCGAUAUGAGAAUACGGAAUGUAUCAAAGAAGUUCAGAGUGCUACCUCCAAAUUCUUAUUUCUGAAGUGUCUCAUUAAUAACGAAGUAAAUCAUUUAGAGAAAGGAAUUUCUUUG